GGUCUCCCUCCGCCUGCCUCUCUGUAAUGAUGUAGUGGUGGACUCUGUUAUUACUUAGAGCUCUCUUCUCUAAACAAUCUGAAUGUCCUCUCUCUGGCAAGGCUCCCUUCCUCCUCCUAAUCUAUACAGCGUAGCCGUGUCACCCCUACACUCAUACACGCACACGCACACUCGCUCGCUCGCACACACAAACACGCGGCGCCCGUCCAAGGCGGGCCCGUGAUGUAGGACCUCGCCAUUCAAACACACAGAAAGGAGGACAGCCACACUCCUGCGCAAAAGACUUUUAAAAAAGAGGGUUAAAGACGACUUGUUCCCAGCGCCUGGGACGGCUGGACUGUGUCCCUAAUGGAGAGUAGCAGGCAGGUAGUGAUUCUUUCCCUGUGCUGUUCUUCGUCUCUCUGCUUCUGUGACGCACUUUCCCGAAGUCCAGCGCAGCUGCUCUGACUGUGCAGUGUUGAGUGCGCAGGCUGACAACUCAGUGUGUUCAGUGAGGAACCUGAGAAUUACAGUGGAGUUACAUUUAUUUCAGUAUCAUGUUCACAUAAUUACUUGUUUUUAUUACUUUUAUUAAUUUAUCGUUGGUAAAUACUGUGGUACAUUUUCUUGUCUUUGAGUGUACUUUUACUAGUGGGAUGUAAUAUUAACAUUACAGUCUACUGAACUGUAUGGUACUGUUUUAUAUCUGGAAUGUGCAGUUGUAGAUUGUGAAUGUAUCAUGCUUGAGUAUGCUGUCACCUGCUUUAUAAAUAAUUAAACUUGGAUUUGGAGAUUUGGAGCUGAUUGGCUCAUUAAUGUACUUCAGGGCAUGUGUAGACAGCAGGCCUAAAGUCCAUGGUCACUUUUUCCUGGGAUUGGAGGUGAAUUCAUUGUCCUUUAACACAAAAUUUUCUACUGAGGCCAGCUUUCAGACACCAUAGGGGCACGGCGGACUGGUUCGGCGUCAGUAAGGACAGCGAUGCCACUCAGAAAUGGCAGAGGAAGAGCCUGCGCCACUGCAGCCAGCGCUACGGCAAGCUGAAGCCCCAGGUCAUCCGCGAGAUGGACCUCCCCAGCCAGGACAACAUCUCCCUCACCAGCACUGAGACGCCCCCGCCCCUCUACGUGCCCGCCUCCCAGCAUGGCAUGCAGAAGAUUGUGGACCCCCUGGCGCGGGGGCGAGCGUUCCGCAUGGUGGAGGAGGUGGACGGGUACAGCGUGCCCCAGACUCCCAUAACCCCCGGUGCCGCCUCGCUCUGCUCCUUCACCAGCUCCCGCUCCGGCUUCAACCGGCUGCCCCGGCGACGCAAAAGGGAGUCCGUUGCCAAGAUGAGCUUCCGGGCGGCGGCGGCUCUGGUCAAGGGCCGCUCUUUGCGAGAGGGUACUUUGAGGCGGGCCCAGAGACGCAGUUUCACCCCGGCCAGUUUCCUGGAAGAGGAUACGGUGGACUUCCCUGACGAGCUGGACACCUCCUUCUUCGCCAGGGAUGCCCUGAUGCACGAGGAGCUCUCCACGUUUGCCGAUGAGGUGUUCGAGUCGCCUUCGGAGGCCGCCAUCAAAGAGGCGGAGUCGAGCAAGGUGCUGGACGACAGCGAUAUGACAGGCAGCGCACUGGAUAAGAGUGAGCUGGAGAGGAGCCACCUCAUGCUGCCGCUGGAGCGAGGCUGGCGCAAGGGCAAGGAGGGCGCGCUGGUGCAGCCCAAGGUACGCCUGCGCCAGGAGGUGGUGAGCGUGAGCGGGCAGCGGCGCGGCCAGCGCAUCGCCGUGCCCGUCAAGAAGCUCUUCGCCCGCGAGAAGCGGCCGUACGGCCUGGGCAUGGUGGGCAAGCUCACCAACCGCACCUACCGCAAGCGCAUCGACAGCUACGUCAAAAGGCAGAUUGAGGACAUGGAUGACCACAGGCCUUUUUUCACAUACUGGAUAACAUUUGUCCACUUGCUGAUCACAAUCCUGGCAGUGUGCAUCUAUGGCAUUGCACCAGUGGGCUUCUCACAACACGAGACCGUAGAUUCUGUUUUAAGAAAUAAAGGUGUUUAUGAAAACGUAAAGUUUGUACAGCAAGAAAACUUCUGGGUUGGGCCAAGUUCGGAGGCGCUGAUUCACCUGGGGGCGAAGUUCUCCCCCUGCAUGCGGCAGGACCAGCAGGUGCACGAUCUGAUCCAGGAGAAGAGGGAGAAGGAGCGCCAUUCUGCCUGCUGCGUGCGCAACGACCGCUCGGGCUGCGUGCAGACGUCUGAGGAGCAGUGCUCUACUACCCUGGCUGUGUGGGUGAAGUGGCCUCAGCAUCCCAGUGCCCCGCACCUGGAGGGGAAAGUGAGGCAGUAUGGAUCUGUGUGUCAGCAGGACCCCAGGAUUUGUCUGGAGCCAGCCUCUGGGUCACCUCACGAAUGGCCUGAUGACAUCACAAAGUGGCCAAUCUGCACCAAAUUAAGCACGGGGAACCACACCAACCUGCCCCACAUAGACUGCGCCAUCACCGGCCGGCCCUGCUGCAUCGGCACCAAAGGGAGGUGUGAGAUCACAUCCCGGGAGUACUGUGACUUCAUGAUGGGUUACUUCCAUGAAGAAGCCACGCUUUGCUCACAGGUGCACUGUAUGGACGACGUGUGUGGGCUGCUGCCGUUCCUCAACCCUGAGAUCCCAGAUCAGUUCUACAGGCUGUGGCUCUCCCUCUUCCUGCACGCCGGGAUUCUGCACUGCCUGGUGUCAGUGUGCUUCCAGAUGACCAUCCUGAGGGACCUGGAGAAGCUGGCGGGCUGGCUGCGGAUCUCCAUCAUCUACAUCCUGAGCGGCAUCACCGGCAACCUGGCCAGCGCCAUCUUCCUGCCUUACAAGGCCGAGGUGGGGCCCGCGGGCUCUCAGUUCGGCAUCCUGGCCUGCCUGUUCGUGGAGCUGAUCCAGAGCUGGCAGAUCCUGGCCAGGCCGUGGCGCGCCUUCGCCAAGCUGCUCUGCGUGGUCCUCUUCCUCUUCGCCUUCGGCCUGCUGCCCUGGAUCGACAACUUCGCCCACAUCUCGGGCUUCAUCUCGGGCUUCUUCCUCUCCUUCGCCUUCCUCCCCUACAUCAGCUUCGGGCGCAUGGACAUGUACCGCAAGCGCUGCCAGAUCAUCGUCUUCCUGGUGGUGUUCGUGGGCCUGUUCGCCGGGCUGGCGGUGCUCUUCUACAUCUACCCCAUCAAGUGCGAGUGGUGCGAGCUGCUCACCUGCAUCCCCUUCACGGACAAGUUCUGCGAGAAGUACGACCUCAACGCGCACCUCCACUGAGGCCACCCCACCCCCCGGCUGCGGUCCCGGGGCGAGGGAGUUUGGGGCGGAGAGGGAGCAGCUGGGCUGGCUCUAUUCCCAAAUCCCUGUCCCCCUCCUCCAGGAGAAUGGCUGGUGGAGCGGCGUCGUGUUCUCUGACACUAGCCCCCUCUGAAACUGACAUUCAUCCAUUUCAUUAUUCUAUUUUUUUACUUUUCCAAAUCCCGUCGUUAGAGCUUCAUAGAAUCAUGGAUGUUUUAACCCUGAAACGUUUCUUAUUUCCGUCAGCCUGAACCCUCUCAAUCACUCUGGAAACAAUAGAAAUAUCUGCAUAUCAUCAGAUUCAACUGGGAGAGCCACCCUCCCUUAAAAACCCUCUCAUAUCUGCUGAAGAGGAGUCAGAGGAACCAGCCCUGGAUAGACUGAUACCAACCCAGGCGCUGCUCCUCUUUUGUCCAUUAGAGAAAAGUUUGACAGUUUUUAUGGUUUUAGAUUUUUUUAUUAUUAUUUUUGAAGCACUUCACAAACCAGGCUUAGGUUGCAAUAUUUUCCCGAGAAACCUCAGAAACAACCUCCACCAGGGUAAUCAAAACCAACUAAAGAACACCUUUGGUGCCUUGCUGAAAAAUGUACCAUGUACCAACUACUGCCAUAUUUUUGUUACACUAGAUUGAGCACUCAAAUGUUAACCAUUUAUUUGUUUACUGCUACUAAAGUGGUGAUGAAUGGCAAGAGGUAGUGUUUUAGCUACCACCUACUUACUUGUAACUGAGAAUACAGCAAGAGAGUGCCUCGUGCUGCCUGA